UUCAUAAAGCAUAGGAGUAACGUCAAAGCUGACCACGAGUUUCUUAAAGUAGACCAGAAACAUAAAAAAUAGACGAGAAAGCUUAUAAAGCAUACCACAAAUUCUUGAAGCAUACCAGAAACCUGAUAAAGUAUACCACAAGUUCCCGGAAGGAGACCACAAGUUUCUUGAAGCAGAUCAUAAGUUUAUUAAAACAUUCCACAAGUUUCUAAAAAGAUAUCAUAGACCUCAUAAAAGGAGACCACUGAAUUAGUUUACCUAUUUUUCAGUCUUCAUUUCCUGUGAUUAAUUGUUAGUCACGAUUAAUUACCGUGAACAAUGUAACAACUUACCUUUCUGAAUUGUAGUUAAAAUAAAGAUGGAAAAAACCUAAUAAAUGUUUGAAGAGAAUUUCAUCCUUUUAAUUUUGGAUCGAAAAUUACACCAAGGUGAAAAACCUCCCUAACUUCGUUCAUAAUAUUUUUUUCCUUCCCCCAUUAUUUCCUUCCAGACUAAAACAAGAACAAAGAGAACGAAUUAGUGAUGAAUUGACGAAGUCCAACAGUUUUUUGCACUCCGAAAGUUUAGGAGUGGCGAUCCUCCCCUUGUCGACGAAAGCUAGGGUUUUGCUCAUCUCUCAUGCUGGCGGUAGGCAUGCCGCUAGACGGGGGGACUUUGAACAGUGCCAUGCUACCGGAAUCAAUGACCAGUCAGCGUCGACCACCAUCUCAAUCCUCUUCCCCCAACCCCAAAGGGGACCGAGAAUCCCAGCAAACGAAAAAGCGAGCCAAAGCUAAGGUGAUAAUACCAAACAAUAACCCCGACCGUGAUGAGAUGCUCGAGGAUGGGGGGAUGGGCAACCACAGCAUCCCUGAUACUUCCUCCCCCUGCUCGACUGCAUGAGGACUCGGCGCGGGGGCGGCGAAAAGGUUAUUUAGUGACGCAGUGAGAACAGAUGUGUGGUACACUGCGGACUCGGAUUCAGAAGAUCCUAGGUUCCCACCGAUUCACUUCACGACGGCAGAAGAAAGGCUGUUCUGUAGACAAUGGAGGUCCGCGCUUGUUGUUAAGGCUCUCGGACAGUCUGUUUCCUAUACGCUCAUGGAUAGAAGGCUCCAGAGUCCAGAGCAUCUGGGCAGAGGAAGGGACUAUUCAAGUUACGUUGGCCAAGAAUGGGUACUUCCUUGUUCGCUUCACUAGCGGAAUGGACUACGAGCGUGCGAUUACGGGUGGACCUUGGCUAGUGGGUGAUAAAUAUCUCACGGUGCAUCAAUGGACCCCAGAGUUUAAUCCAUACGAGCAUGCAAUCUCGUCAACACUGGUCUGGGCUAGGCUAUUGGAGAUCCCGAUCCACUACUUCCAUCCAGUCGCAGUUAUGAGAAUUGGGGGACGCAUCGGGAAACCAAUUCAUGUGGACCAUGCCACUAGUAUGGGAGCUCGCAGCGACUACGCUCGUGUUUGCGCCCAGGUAGACAUCACUAAAUCACUACUAAGGUGGAAAUUGCAGGGUUAGUCUAUGCAAGGAGGUCAAAUGCUUAUCAGUGAGUGAAUGGAGCAAAAUUUGGAUAAAGAGAACGUAAAAGUUGGCACCUUUCAAUGUUUUUGGUUAGUGUUGUCUAGGAUGGACACGAGAUGAAGAGAAUUAGCCUUGAGUAGUAGUGAUUUUGAUGUUACAGUAGUGGCUUCACUAACAGCAGUAUUGAUUUAAGUCCACUUGUGGUUUGCCAAUCAUAAUAGAAGCAAUUAGUAGUGAUUUUGUUGUUACAGUAGUGCUUUCACUGCAAUAGUAGUUUUCUAAUUCAUGUAGUAGUGGUUGAGUCCAGUUGUGGUUUGCUAAUGCUGCUAGACUAAACUAGUAGUGUUUUU